CCCCCGUCUCUCUGUAUUAAACACAGAUCUCCAGUGGCCGUGUGCUGCCAUUCUUCAUCACAUUUGCACUGAACUGAGACAAAACUCACAGCACACGAAAGACCACUGCCUCAGACAGGAUGCCGUUUGGAGGAGGAAACAAGUGCGGCUGCUGCCAGAAGACGGUGUACUUUGCCGAGGAGGUCCAGUGUGAGGGCAAGAGCUUCCACAAGUCCUGCUUCCUCUGCAUGGUGUGCAAGAAGAACCUGGACAGCACCACGGUGGCCGUGCACAUGGACGAGAUCUUCUGCAAGUCCUGCUACGGCAAGAAGUAUGGGCCAAAAGGCUACGGAUUCGGGGGAGGAGCCGGCACCCUGAGCAUGGACACGGGCGAAUCGCUUGGAAUCAAACACGACGAGCCGGCCCCACACCGCCCCACCACCAACCCCAACCCCAACGCCGCGAAGUUUACCCAGAAGUCCGCGGGCUCGGAUGUUUGCCCCCGCUGUGGCAAGACCGUCUACGCUGCCGAGAAGGUGGUGGGGGGCGGAAACUCCUGGCACAAGAGCUGUUUCCGCUGUGCCAACUGUGGGAAGGGCCUGGAGUCCACCACCCUAGCUGACAGAGAUGGAGAAAUCUACUGCAAAGGGUGCUACGCCAAGAACUUCGGUCCCAAGGGGUUCGGGUUUGGGCAGGGUGCCGGCGCGUUGGCACAUUCCCAGUAGGUUCCGGAAAACCGCAGAACCCAACGCAGUGGACAGCUGGCUCACGUGGAUUUCCCCGCUCCCAGCAUCCUUCACUCACUCCCAGCAUUCCUCUGCAGAACACGAUGUGACCACAGAUAGAGGCACAAGAGCUUAGCGUCACGGGGGCUCAUUCCAAUCCCUUAUUUUUGUCAUCUUUUUUCUCGCUCUUUUAUCUACUGCUAGCUCCGCCCCUCAUUAGGCAAAUGGAAUGUCCUCGCUCCUUCUAAGUUCAGUUCAAAGCCAUGUCAGUUACAGACAUGGCAGAUGGGGAGAGGUGGAUCCACAGGUCAGUUACAGAUGUGGCAGAUGGGGAGAGGUGGAUCCACAGGUCAGUUACAGACGUGGCAGUUGGGGAGAGGUGGAUCCACAGGUUAGUUACAGACGUGGCAGAUGGGGAGAGGUGGAUCCACAGGUCAGUUACAGAGGUGGCAGAUGGGGAGAGGUGGAUCCACAGGUCAGUUACAGAUGUGGCAGAUAGGGAAAGGUGAAUUUAUACUGUACGUCAGGCUUUCCGUAAAAAUACUUCCACAAAGGAUGCGCUGACGUUUUCUUGCUAACAGGAAAGAUCGGGAGCUCCCAACUUCUAGCUCCUAGAAGGAGCAUUUAACAGGCUAGAUUGUCCUUAAAGAUGAUGGACCUCAAUCGAUUUCUCAGUCAGGAGCAAGGAAAAAAAUAAAAAAAAUAAAAUAAA